AUGCGCCUCACCCUCGUUCUCGCGACCCUGGCGGCAGCAGCCACGCCCGCCCUGUCGUUCUUCCGCCUACCCUGCGGCCCGCCGCUCGUCGUCGAGCGCGUCGACCCGAUCAUCAGCCCGGGCGCUGUCGCUGGCCACGUCCACACGGUCGCCGGUGGGAGCGGCUUCUCGAUGACCAGCACCUACAAGGACCUGCGCAAGUCGACCUGCACGUCGUGCCUCGCCAAGGCCGACCUGUCAGCUUACUGGAGCCCGUUGCUCUACGUCGCCCUCGCCGACGGCACCUUCAAGAGCGUCCCAGGCGGCACCCACCUCGUCUACUACCUUCCACGGGCGCACCCGACCGACAGGACCAAGGUGCUCGCGUUCCCCGAGGGCCUCGAGAUGCUCGCCGGGUCGCCCAUGCGCCGCACGUACAACGCGUCGAGCCUCGUCGAUCAGGCCAUCGGGUGGAACUGCCUUGGCGCGACGGGCGUCAAGGAGACCCGCAUCGCCCAGCUGCCCAGGCAGAACUGCCCCGACGGCCUGCGCGGCGAGAUCCGCUUCCCGUCGUGCUGGGACGGCAAAAACCUCAAGAGCGCGACCCAGAGCCACGUUGCGUACCCGAUCGGCGGCGAAUCUGGUCCAUGCCCGGCGACGCACCCGAAGCGCAUCAUCACGCUCUUCUUCGAGGUCAUGUACGACGUCAACUCGAUGAAGGACCUGUGGACGCUCGCCAAGGACCCCAAGUCGCCCUUCGUCCUCGCUAACGGCGACCCUACCGGGCUCGGCUACCACGGCGAUUUCCAGAACGGCUGGGACGUGCCCAUCCUGCAGCGCGCCAUGGACGAGUGCACGAGCGACUCGGGCGUCAUCGAGGAGUGCAAGGUUCUCGAGCUGUACGACCGCGCGGUCGAGCCGGCGUGUCGCAAGACGCCCGACGUCAACGAGGUCGUUCUCGGCACGCUCAAGAAGCUGCCCGGCUGCAACCCUGUCACCAAGACGACCGCUGCCGCCAGGGCCGCCUCAGGCACGUGCCCGAACCUCGCCCUCCCGCCGGUCUUCAAGAAGACGACGACCUACACGAGCAAGUUUGCGCCGCCUGGCUCGCACGUCACCAAGGACAUGCCCUCGACCGUCGCCAGCUACAAGAGCUACAAGUACCAGGGCUGCUACUCGGACGUUGGCGCCCGCACCCUCUCGAAGCGCCUCUCGCCCUCGGCCAAGACGGUCGCCGCGUGCGUCGGCGCCGCCAAGUCGGCCGGGUACAGCUACGUCGGCCUCGAGUACGGCGGCGAGUGCUGGGCGGGCAACGCGCUCGCGAGCGGCGCCAAGGAGGUCGCGUUCGGGAAGUGCGACAUGGUGUGCGAGGGCAACAAGCUCAACGUGUGCGGCGGGGGCAACGCCCUGUCGCUCUACAAGCUCACUCGGUCGACGAGCAGCCGCGUCAAGCGUCACGAGCCGCACACUCUCGGCCACGCCUGAAUCCGUCGCCGCCGCCUGACCUUCUCAAGUUCCUUCUUCCCCUCUCCCGACCUCCCGCGAGUUCCCUUUCCGACGCAGGCGUCGCGAGCUCUCCGUACCCUCGAGACAUGCAGUGCAGCUCUCCUUUCCGAG